UCAAAAUAUGCUGAGCAGUGUCGAGCGAGUCGAUAGAAUCUUUCACUUUCCUCAAAAGUUUAUCGUAGUUGAGUGAGAAGAAUUUUAACUGGAACAUUAAGAUAUUUUAUUUCUAAUAUGUCGACAAGUGUUCCACUUAUUGUGCGGUUGUUGGCGUCUUCUGUAUCCGUUGCAGGCAGAGCUGGUAAAAUUGUCCGAGAUGUUAUGAGCAAAGGCGAACUGGGAAUAGUUGAAAAGGGUAAGGAUGAUUAUCAAACAGAGGCAGAUAGAUCAGCACAGAGAUGUAUUAUUGCAUCUUUAUCUGCCCAGUUUCCUAAAAUGAGCAUAAUUGGAGAAGAGGACAAUCCUAAUGAUGUUGAGGAUGAUAUUCCUAGUGAUUGGCUAGUAGUGGAUGCUGACAAGGAUGUGUUGAAGCUGGAAUGCCCUCCAGGAUUGAGGGAGGUGAAAGAGGAGGACAUAGUUGUCUGGGUGGAUCCUCUUGAUGGAACCUCUGAAUACACUCAAGGUGCCCUAAUGUUGAAGAGAAAUCCUUGGGAAAGAUGGAAAAUGUACUUGUCACAUCCAUUUAUUAGUAUGAAGUGGUAUUUAAGCUUACUGCAAUCAAAUUAUGGAUUUUUGGAACAUGUGACGGUGUUGAUUGGCAUAUCAGUGAAUGAGAAACCAGUUGCGGGUGUGAUCCACCAGCCUUACUUCAAGUCUGUGGACGGGGGUGAGAAGAAAAUAGGGAGGACGAUAUGGGGGUUGCCGGGGGCGGCCGUGGGUGGCUUCACGCCGGCGCCGCCGCCAGACUCGCUCAUCAUCACCACCACGCGAAGCCACUCCAACCCGCUGGUUGAGAGGGCGCUACAAGUCAUGAACGCCGCGCAGAUACUGAGAGUUGGCGGUGCGGGAUACAAAGUGCUGCAAUUAUUGGAAGGCGUGGCAUCUGUGUACGUGUUCGCAAGCCCCGGCUGCAAAAAGUGGGACACAUGCGCGCCCGAGGCGGUGCUGGCGGCGGCGGGCGGCAAGCUGACGGAUAUUCUCGGCAACAUGUACAAGUACGGCGCCGCCGAGUCGCGGCCCAACAAGACCGGAGUCCUUGCCGCCGUCAACGAGGAACUUCACUCCUUCGCGCUUAGUCAGAUCCCUCAAGAAUUGAAGGACAAACUCGCUAAGUAGAUACAAUCACGUGGUUGCUAAACAAUUUGGUGUAAAUAUGUUAAUAUAAAAUACAUUUUUACGAUCGA